AUGCCGAAGAAAACUAAGACCAACCGGCCACAGGCCUUGGAACUGGAUCCGGUAUUUGAGCGAUACUACCGAACGAAUCUGGGUGAUGACACCUUCGAACAGUUCUGGGAGGCUUCAAAAGAACCGCUGCCUUGCGUCGUGAGGCUGAGAGGUUACCCACAAGAGCAACAUCACGCACCAGCACCCGCAGCCGGAUGCGAGAGUGCCACAGUGCAAGACCAUCAAGGUAAGGUACAAGAAGAGGUUCAGCAAGUGCAAGCUCCCAAUGUUGGGGUUGAGACGUCACGACUUCAAACUAGAAAUGCAGUGUUGCGUAGUGUACUCUUGAAACGAGGAUGGGAACGUGUAAAAUGCACAAUAUCAUCAAAGCACAGUAGCGAUAAAGAUGGGGGUUUGGACUCCUCGUCGAUGGUUGAGGCAUAUGCUCUUUCGUCAGCGGCUUACGCUUCCUGCGCACCGUCGUCCCUGGAGGAAGGGGAACAAGAUAAGACAGGGACAGGAAACGUUGAGCAGGAAAACGCUUCAAAUUCCC